GGAGAAGACUAGCUUGAAGGAGGUCCAGUCGAGUUCCCAACUCUGACGUGUCCUGUUCUGCUCCUUCCUCUCCACACCAUGUGAUAGUCUCUUCGCUUUCAUCAUAUAAGUCAUGGACAGUUUUUUGGUCAUGGUGUGAUUUUUAUUCUCUUUCUUCGAAAUGGAUACUCUCAUCUUCAUCUUGAGCCUUUGGGCCACGUGGACCCUGGCUCUGCCUGCCCUUCUCCAUGACUCAGGUUUGUCGAAGGAGAUAUCGAAGAUGGUGGAAGGAGACACGCUAUUCUUGCAGCUGGGACCGGUGAAACCUGGGAAACGAGAUCAAAGUUCAAAGGAGAUUCUACGUGUCCUCUUCCCUGGUUCCCCUCGACGAUUCUCCGUCUUCCUCGAAAGAACCUUGAAAAGAAUCUUGAUCGAGACGGAAGAAGGAGAGGGAAGGAGGAAGCAAAAGUUCAACGUGGAGUCAAUGACGACCUACUCCGUUCAUGUGAUCCUCAUGAGAAUGGAUCAGGACCAGCCGGAUGGAAGGCUUCGUCUCUGGGUGGAUUGCAAGGACGAAGGCGCCAUCCAGACCCCCAUGACCCUUAGGGACAUGUGGAGGAAAAUGGAUACUCCCAAAAUAGCCAUCUUUUCUCCACGUCGAGUGGAAUUGAAGGUGACUAACGACACGUCGACGCAAGAAGUUCUGAAACGGCUGGGAUGUCCAAUCCUACCAUCGCAUGACGUCCCCGAAGGAUACCAGGCCGAACAAGCCGAACAGGCCGAAGCCAACGACGUCUACGUCUACGGCAGAGGUACAUCAUCUCACCUCCGAAAGGUUAAUCUCCGGGUCGGGGACAUCCCGAGCUUCUCGGACGACAUCACGAGUGCAGAUCUUCAGCUCGUGGCUCGACUGGGGGAAGAACUCAUUCUCACCAUGAAGAAUCUCAUUCAGGAGGUCCAGAAGGCCAGAGUGGACAUGAACGCGGUGAAGGAUGCCAUCUUGUCCUGCGAGGCUUGCAAACGCGUGCCCUGCUACGAGACGGUGGGAGGAGGAUACCGAUGCGGCAAGUGUCCCACGGGGUACGUGGGCGACGGGGAGAAGUGCAAGGCGAGCACGGUGUGCGACACGAACCCCUGUUACCCCGGGGUCACGUGCACAAACAUCGAACCACCUCCCUACUAUCGACCCUGUGACCCCCGAGUGAGAUGCACGAACACGAUCCCAGGUUAUCGGUGUGAUCCCUGCCCGAAAGGGUACACCGGAAGCUCCGGGUACCAGGGGAUCGGCCUGGAACAGGCGACGAUACGACGACAGAUAUGCUACGACAUCAAUGAGUGCGAGGACGGCAACAACGGCGGCUGCGUUCGCAAUUCCAUCUGCAUCAAUAUCGAGGGAUCCUUCAAGUGCGGAGAGUGCUCGGAAGGGUUCUACGGAAACCAGACGUCAGGAUGCUACGAACAACCCGGCAGAUGCCCCGAUGGAUCAUUCUGCGAUGCCAACGCCGAUUGCUACCGACCUCCCUCGCGCACCACGUACACCUGCAAGUGUCGAGUAGGGUGGGCCGGAGACGGGAAGACUUGCGGACCUGAUACCGAUUUGGACGGAUGGCCGGAUUUCGACCUUGGAUGCCCCGACAUGAGGUGUCGCAAGGACAAUUGCGUGCUGACGCCAAACUCAGGUCAAGAGGACGCGGACGAAGACGGUUUGGGAGACGCUUGCGACGACGAUGCCGAUAACGAUGGCAUCCCAAAUUCACCCGACAACUGUCCGCUAGUGGCGAAUCCAGGUCAAGAAGACAAUGAGAAGGAAGGGAUCGGCGACAAGGCUGGGGAUGCCUGCGACAACUGCCCCACCGUCCCCAAUAUCGAUCAGGAGGACUUCGAUCUCGAUGGCAUCGGUGAUGCUUGCGACCCCGACAUCGACAACGAUGGGAUUCCAAACGAGAGGGACAAUUGCGUGAGGACGGCAAAUCCGUCUCAGAAGGAUUCAGAUCGGGAUGGCCUGGGAGACAGUUGCGACAACUGUCCCAACGUCCCCAAUCCUGGCCAACAGGACGUAGACAAAGAUCUCGUCGGCGAUGCCUGCGACAACAACAUCGACAACGACAGAGAUGGGAUCCAGAACAACCUGGACAACUGCCCUACGAUCCCGAAUGCCGAUCAGCACGACGCAGAUAACGAUGGGCUUGGAGACGCUUGCGAUCCGGACGCAGACGACGACGGGAUCUUGAACGAGAGGGACAACUGCUGGAUCGUCCCAAAUCCGGAUCAGGCCGAUCUCGACCGGAAUGGAGUCGGAGACGCUUGUCAAGACGACUUCGAUGCAGAUCGAGUCCCGGAUUUCAUUGACAACUGUCCCAACAAUUCCAAGAUCUACGCCACAGACUUUCGAACAUACCAGACGGUGGUGUUGGAUCCCGAGGGAGAUUCCCAGAUCGAUCCCAACUGGGUCAUCUACAACAAGGGGGCAGAGAUCGUUCAGACGAUGAACUCCGAUCCCGGAUUGGCCGUCGGUUUCCAUCGUUUUGGCGGAGUGGACUUUGAGGGGACAUUCUUUGUGGACACAGAAAUCGACGACGAUUACGUCGGAUUCAUCUUCAGUUACCAGGACAACUCCCACUUCUACUGCGUGAUGUGGAAGAAGAACACGCAAACAUAUUGGCAGGCGACACCUUUCAGGGCGGUGGCGGAACCGGGGAUUCAGUUGAAGCUGGUUCAGUCUCAGACCGGUCCCGGUCAGAUGCUUCGCAACUCCCUCUGGCACACUGGCAACACCGACGACCAGGUGCGACUGUUGUGGAAAGACCCACGAAACGUUGGCUGGGAGGAGAAAGUAGCCUAUCGGUGGCUCCUCCUCCAUCGACCCAAGAUCGGCCUCAUUCGACUCCGGAUCUUCGAAGGCGAAAACUUGGUGGCAGAUUCGGGGAACAUCUUUGAUUCCACCCUGAAAGGAGGAAGACUUGGUGUCUUCUGCUUCUCGCAGGAAAUGAUCAUCUGGUCCGAUCUAGUCUACCGAUGCAACGAUCACGUGCCUGAGGCAAUCUAUCGAGAUCUGCCGAAGAGACUUCAGUCGGAGGUGGAAAUAGACCAGACGAGGCCCCCUAAGCCUGCCAGCUAAUCUCCUCCAUCCCUAUUGAUUUUGUGCCUUAACCGAGUUCCACUGCCUCCCGCAAUGUUCUAAUCACCCUAAUCCUUUCGAUUGCCAAGCAAUUGUGAGAGCACCACUGCCUCUUUCAUCCUCACGUAUUUGUCCUGCCAACAUGACCAAGUCUUUCUCUCCGACUUUCACGAAUUUCUCUUCUUGUAUCGAGUCGCUCUUCGCUCGCCUGUUCGCAUCUUUGAGAGCAAGAUUGAGUGUUCUCUUUCAUGUA